UAUAGAGCAGACCCGCCUGACCGCGGCUUAGGAGAAAGAGGAGGACGCGAAGCACCAUGGAAAAACGAAACAUCCCUCCCGCCGGUACCUCUGCCUCUGCCGGCCGAGGCAUGAAGGCCCCGGCGAUGCCGUCGCAGCAGCCCGGGGCCCCCAUGCCCCCGGCGAAGAGAGAGCGGAGGCCCAGCAUGUUUGAGAAGGAGGCAUAUGCACAAAUCUUACGGGAAAGACUCAGACAAUCUGUACAUGAUGUUCUGUAUGUUGAACCUCCAUUUGAUGACUCAAUUGCUGAUAUAGGUAAAGAUCAAUGGAAGACCAUGGGAAAAGUAAAAUAUGCCAACACAUAUAGAAUGGAGCCAUACAGAAAAUUCCAAGCUCAUUCAGUACAAAGGAAAGUUCAACAGAUACUAACGGACAGACUUAAGAAUGUCAAGUACAGUGAAGAAACAUUUUCUCUCUUGUCACUUGAACUGGCAGAUCGUGUAUUAGCAGCUGUCAAAGAAUUUGCUUUCUCUCGAUAUAAAUACAUUGUAAAAAUAAUACUUAUUCAAAAAACUGGUCAGUCAAUAAAAAUUUCUAGCAGAUGGAUCUGGGAUGUUGCUUGGGACACCUGGCUAGAAGCUAAACAUGAAGCCGAAUCAUAUGUUGCAUUGGCCCUAGUAUAUGCACUUUAUUGUGAAUAG